GAGACCCGAAGCGCGAGCGCCACCAGGGCAGCAGCCGCCGCAGCCGCCGCCGCUGGGCUGAGGAGACGGAGACGCAGGCGGACGAGGUGGCGGCGGCGGCGGAGCGGGAGCAGGGACCGGGCGCGGGCAGAGCGCGGCGGCGCGGGUAUAUUCUAGAGAACAAGUCUUCAAACAUCUUUGCCAUAUUGACUCUGAGCUGUCAGGGGACUCAGGCUUAUGAGGAGGUACUGUCACACAAAACAGUGUCUAGUGAAGACGACAAGAAAGAGGGGAAAGGAUCGGAAAAAGAAGCUAAAACACUAUAGAAAACCAUGAGAUCUAUUAGAUCUUUUGCCAAUGAUGAUCGCCAUGUUAUGGUGAAACAUUCAACAAUCUAUCCAUCUCCGGAGGAACUUGAAGCUGUUCAAAAUAUGGUGUCUACUGUUGAAUGUGCUCUUAAACAUGUCUCAGAUUGGCUGGAUGAAACAAAUAAAGGCACAAAAACAGAGGGUGAGACAGAAGUGAAGAAGGAAGAGGCCGCAGAUUCCUAUUCCAAGGAUCAAGGUGGUCGGACGUUGUGUGGUGUUAUGAGGAUUGGCCUGGUUGCAAAAGGCUUGCUGAUUAAAGAUGAUAUGGACUUGGAGCUGGUUUUAAUGUGCAAAGACAAACCCACAGAGACCCUCUUAAAUACAGUCAAAGAUAAUCUUCCUAUUCAGAUUCAGAAACUCACAGAAGAGAAAUAUCAAGUGGAACAAUGUGUAGAUGAGGCAUCUAUUAUAAUUCGGAAUACAAAAGAGCCCACUCUAACUUUGAAGGUGAUACUUACUUCCCCUCUAAUUAGGGACGAAUUGGAGAAGAAGGAUGGAGAAAAGGUUGCGAUGAAAGAUCCUCCGGACUUACUGGACAGGCAGAAAUGCCUGAACGCCUUGGCGUCUCUUCGACAUGCCAAAUGGUUUCAGGCAAGGGCAAAUGGAUUAAAAUCAUGUGUAAUUGUCCUCCGCAUUCUGCGUGAUUUGUGCAACAGAGUCCCCACAUGGGCACCGUUAAAAGGAUGGCCACUAGAGCUUAUAUGUGAAAAGUCUAUAGGUACUUGUAAUAGACCUUUGGGCGCUGGGGAGGCCUUGAGACGAGUAAUGGAGUGUUUGGCAUCUGGAAUACUACUUCCUGGGGGUCCUGGUCUUCAUGAUCCUUGUGAACGAGACCCAACAGAUGCUCUGAGCUAUAUGACCAUUCAGCAAAAAGAAGAUAUUACCCACAGUGCACAGCAUGCACUAAGACUAUCAGCCUUUGGCCAGAUUUAUAAAGUGCUGGAGAUGGACCCCCUUCCAUCUAGUAAGCCUUUUCAGAAAUAUUCCUGGUCAGUUACUGAUAAAGAAGGUGCUGGGUCUUCAGCUCUAAAGAGGCCAUUUGAAGAUGGAUUAGGGGAUGAUAAAGAUCCCAAUAAGAAGAUGAAACGAAAUUUAAGGAAAAUUCUGGAUAGUAAAGCAAUAGACCUUAUGAAUGCACUAAUGAGGCUAAAUCAGAUCAGGCCCGGGCUUCAGUAUAAGCUCCUAUCUCAGUCUGGUCCUGUCCAUGCGCCAGUCUUCACAAUGUCUGUAGAUGUGGAUGGUACAACAUAUGAAGCCUCAGGACCAUCCAAGAAAACAGCAAAACUUCACGUAGCAGUGAAGGUAUUGCAGGCAAUGGGAUACCCAACAGGCUUCGAUGCAGAUAUUGAAUGUAUGAGUUCCGAUGAAAAAUCAGAUAAUGAAGGCAAAAAUGAAACAGUGUCUUCAAACUCAAGCAAUAAUACUGGAAAUUCUACAACUGAAACCUCCAGUACCUUAGAGGUAAGAACUCAGGGCCCUAUCCUCACAGCAAGUGGCAAAAAUCCUGUAAUGGAGCUCAAUGAAAAAAGAAGAGGUCUUAAGUACGAACUCAUCUCGGAGACCGGUGGAAGCCAUGACAAACGCUUUGUGAUGGAGGUAGAAGUAGAUGGACAGAAGUUCAGAGGUGCAGGUCCAAAUAAGAAAGUGGCAAAGGCAAGUGCAGCUUUAGCUGCCCUGGAGAAGCUGUUUUCUGGACCCAAUGCAGCAAAUAAUAAGAAAAAGAAGAUUAUCCCUCAGGCAAAGGGUGUUGUGAAUACAGCUGUGUCCGCAGCAGUCCAAGCUGUUCGGGGCAGAGGGAGAGGAACUCUGACAAGAGGAGCUUUUGUUGGGGCCACAGCGGCUCCGGGCUACAUAGCUCCAGGCUAUGGGACACCCUAUGGCUACAGCACAGCAGCCCCUGCCUAUGGUUAAUACUUUUAAGCAGUUUUCAGCACGUUUAUCUCACUUUAUUCUCGUUCUCCUCGGACCUUCGUAGCCAUAUCACUUGUAUAAAGUAGGCUGAGAUAUAGUGACUGUAAGCUGUGGUCUCGGUAUACAAAGGUAAGCUCUUUUAUUUUCUGAUUAAAGAAAAUUAAAACUCAAUGAACACAACAUGCAUAUAUGACAAUCAUAUAUGAUGUAUUUGAUCUCCUAGGACUUAUGUCGUGUUACUUUAAAAAAUUUUUAUGAUCUAUAUGUAAAAUAGUUAUUUUCAGCAUUUGUUUUAAUACCCUUGUAAUUAACUUUCUACUUGAGACAUUUCACUUUUGCUGAGUUAAGUGUGUGUAUGUGCAAAAACUUAUGACACAUGUGAAUUACACACACGUAUCUGUUUAAAUAAAAGAAUUUGGUGGUGGGAAGUGUUCGCCCAAGAGGAUUUUCACGUCAGGGCACUCUUUUGGCCAAAGUGCUGGAAUUUCAUAAGCAGCAAGAUUGGUAACGGUGCCGGUGGGUCCAUUUAUGUAGCUGUUACCUAAGCUGGGGAUCAAAGUGCCAAUUUCUCAAGGAGAGAAACUUCUUUGAGAAAUGAAUAUCUCUGAUCUGUGUUGUAUGUCCUAAUACAACAGCAGCAAGAAGCCAUAAAAAAAAAAGCAAUAGAAAAUGAAAAAAACCAAAAUAUUAAGGUAACUAUGGAAAAAUAUGUAAUUGAGUUAAGCUAAGUAUUUGCAGAACCAGUUUUGGCAAGAGUCAGAAUGGUAAAUACCCAGUCUGCAGAGACCAAACAGACGUAAGGCAAUUUGUCUGUCUUUUCCAGGUUAGGUAGAUGACUUAUUUCCCACCUGAUUCAACCAUCAUGGAGUUCAUGUAAAAGAUACGAGGGUUAGGCCAAAUAUUUUAAUAAGGAUUUGCUUUGUUUAGUGUGUCCCAUAAGUGCAUUUCGUAUGUUAGAUGUUCUGUGCUAAGGUUGUAUUUGAUCCACACAGACACACAGACACACACACACACAGAUUAAAAUGAAUUUUGUUUCA